AUGGAGAAAAAAAUUGCUAAAAUUUGGAAGCUCCCCUCGGAGUUUGAAUUCUUCAACAACAGUGCUAAAAUCAAAAGUAAAAAGACCAAAUGGUUAGCCCCAAAACCCCAUUGGUACAAACUGAACUUUGAUGGGUCUUCCCAAAAUGUCUGCCAAGUUGGAGGUGGAAUCAUCCGUGACCACUUGGGGAAUACUGUGGCAGCUUACGCGAGCAACCUAAAGAACCAUACUAUCACCCAGGCGGAGGAAAUGGCUCUGCUAUGGGGUCAGAGAUUUGCCACAUCCAUUAGCAUUAAACAUCUGGAAAUUGAAGGCGACUCGCAGAUCAUUAUGGAAAUGGUGAGUAGUAGAUCUGUUGUUGGGUGGAAAGUUGAUCCCAUUUUGAGGGAUGUUAGGAUGCUUUUGGCUAACCUUGAUGACUUCACCAUCCGACAUAUCUUUAGAGAAGGGAAUGCGGCUAUGGAUUCCAUGGCGGUGGUUGGAAGGCUGCAGAACAACUUAAGAUGUUGGAGGAGCCCCAAUCUGCUACCAGUUACCACCAAGGUGAUCUUGGAGAUUUAA